AUGGCACAGCCUGUCCACACCCACCUUCCAAGAGUAGAAAGUGUUCAAACUUAUGGAAAGAAGAAGCACGCUCAAGCAGUUGCCCUCAUCACAAAAGGAAAAGGAAUGAUUAGAGUCAAUGGCGUUCCUCUCCACCUUGUCGAGCCUCAAACCCUUCGUGUUAAAGUUUUGGAACCAAUCCUUCUAUUAGGAGAAUCUCGCUUUUCAAAAGUGGACUUCAAAAUAAGAGUACACGGAGGAGGUUAUGUAAGCCAAAUCUAUGCAGUGAGACAAGCCAUUGCUAAAGGAAUUAUUGCUUUCUACCAAAAAUACGUAGACGAAGCUUCAAAAAGACAAAUAAAAGAAAUGAUCCUUGCUUAUGACAGAUCUCUGCUUGUAGCUGAUCCUAGAAGGAAGGAGCCUAAGAAGUAUGGAGGUCCUGGUGCAAGAGCAAGAAGACAAAAGAGUUACAGAUAA